AGGAGGACGUGUCCCGGCCCGCCUGGUAUUCGCCGGGACCUUGGCCGGGAGUGGAAGAAUCCCUUGGAUUGAAUGUUCUUCAUACAAGAUCGAGCGGUGGCACUGCCAGUAGUUGCAAGGUGCUUGCUGCCAACAUACGAAGCAACAAUUCCAGCCACCCAAUGUCGUCGAUGAUUUCAACGUGAACGGGUUGCUAGUCGAUCAUUAUUCAUAAACGAGUUUCCAAUUGCAUUUCAUCUCCUCUCCUGGUCAUCGUGAGAGCAGAAUCGAAGUGAGUGAGUGUGUCACCGGCUCUUCCGAGAACACAGAGAACACUGACUCAGUCCCUCAGUCACUGAUGAGUGAGUGAGUGAGUGAGCUGAACCUCAGGAGUCAGUACAAGAUCGUCCUCGAGUACCGCUGCAUCCCCCGCCCUUUUCUGCCUGGCCUUUUCUCGCCGUUGGUAAUAUCUCUCCUGUUCCCCAUUGUGUGGGCUGGGCUUCUUCAACUCAAGCGGUUUCAAGCUGUCUGUCACGCCAUGGUCACGCACGCACAUUGAGCUUGGCCUGUCCCUCCCUCCAGCCUUCAUCGGCCAUCGCACGAGGAAAGAUUCCUUCCCCGGUGAGGAAGAAAGCUUUCCGUUUCCCCUGGAGCUCCUAGCCGUCUAUCGCAGAGAAGUAACUGAAAAGGCUUCAUUGGACCGAAUUGAGAGCCUCAGCGGCAGCUUUCCCUCCUCAUUCCCCGGGCGUUACUUAGUUGCCCCCCCCCUCUCCUCAGUCCUCCUCGAUUCGCCCGUCUCCUGUCUUUUUGGCCAGCCCGGUUGGGUGGGUGGUGAAAUUUUCCCCAUUGGCCGCUCAGUUUCCCUCAUUGGCCUUGCUAGGGCUUGAAAAAGACCGACUUCACAGCGAGAGAGAUCUACGAAAGAGGUGACAAGAUCAUAGUGCUUAUCUGGAGCUGAAGUGAGAUUUCCCAAGUGUCGGGGAGAUUGGUGUCGAGUGUGAAAAUUCGCAUCAUUCUCACAAUUUCCGGGAACAAAUCUGCACACUCGCAUUGUGAGAUUGUCGCUCAGGCCCUCCAACAGCUUACGUAUCAGGCUCUUUCUCUAUCCACGUUGAGUCUGCUCAGUUGCCACACCUCAAAAAACACCGACCACAAUCAUCAAAACUAUCCUUCAAAAAGUGAACUAAAGUGCUCUACUUCCACGUGGUUUGACGUCACGCUAACUUGAAGGCACAAACCACUACUUAGUAACCAUGGAGGUCAAGACCGAUUGCGUCCGACCUUGGCAUGUCUACACCUUUUUAUUUGGAGUCUUCUGGCUUCUUAGUGGCUAUUUUGAUAACUUUAUCAUCUCGUUUAUUCUUUGCGUGAUCGGCGGUUUCGUCUCUGAAAUCAUCAACAAAUCCAUCCCAAUCCAGUUUCGUCCCUUGUCACCGGAACAGCCCGAAGCUCCGCAGGUCUCAAGUCAAUCUCCUCCUCAAGAGGCACUUUUGGAUUCGUUCUACGACAAACCUCUGCCUCCAGAGCCUGUAAUCGAUGAAACAGAAGAGGCCAUAUUGGAAGAUGCAGCUGCACCACCUCAAUAUCAAGAGGUCCGUAGUCCUUCGCCCAUGGAGGAAGAGGAUCAACAACAACAACAACAAGAUGAGGAGGAAAGCGAGCAUGUGCCAGAACCACAGAUCCAAUCUCCAACUCCUAUUCCGGUUGUCGAGAGUACCCCAGAAUCAGAAAUCCGACCUUCGACUCCUGUCGAGGAAGCCAAGCAUACACCAGAGCCAAUGAUCCGCCCACCGUCCCCUAUUGAGGUAGUCGAACAUUUGCCGGAGCGAGAAUCUCCUGUGGAAAAGGAAGCAGAGUUCUUUGGAAGUGAUCCCAUCCCAGCUGAAGCUGAAGCCUCUCUCAGUGCUCUCAAGGAGCAAUUUAACGCCAAAGACUCUCCAUCAGAAUCAGAAUCAGACAAUGAGGAGGUGGAUCCUGAGCCAUUGACCAAGCCUGCCGAAGAGGAAUCACGAGGACAUUAUGGACAUUCCGCCGGCCUUAGUCUUGAGCCCGAACCUGAAAAAGAACCAGAAUUGGAAGAGCGGUUCAAAGACCAUAACUUGUUGGACGACGAGAUUCCAAAGCAGCCUCUAUCCUCGCCUCCUGAGCAAGAGGAUGUAGUGAUCCCUGUCAUUGAGCAACAGUCAGAGUCCACGGAGGCCCAAUAUGGCCAUCAAAAAGAUGAUGCUUAUUCUGACAUUCAACAUAAGACAGAGGAAACCUCCGCUAAGUCUGAUCCGAUCGACUUUGACGAUGAUUGUAUGGAAGAUCAGGAGGACUUGAUUCGAAAGAAGCGGGAAGUCGUCGAAGACGAUUUCGAGGCAUCUUUUGAGAAGGAAAGAACCCCACCUAAGAGCAUGUCACCCGAACAGGAAUCCAAAACUAUUCUGGAGGACAUGCCACAUAUCCCCAACAGAAAUUCGGACACCUUCGAGCCUAACGUAAUGGAGCAAUUAAAAGAAGAAUACACCUCCAAUGUCGAGAAGGCAAAAGAAAUUCUUCCCGAUAGCCUCGUUAAUCCCUCGGAUUCUCCUACAAAAUCUCGAGAUUCUAGUGACGAUGAAGACAAGCCAGAGCCAGAGACAGCCAAGGCCUCUGAGGAGCCUUUUUCCUUCUCCAAAAUUGGAGACAAGCUCGAAGAGAUGAAAGAUGAUAUCAUGGGACAUUUUACCAACAAAAACGACAGUGAUCAUGAGAAGGAUGAAGGUGAAAAAGCCGAAGAAAAGAAGCCGGAGGAGGAGAAGGAGAGUGAAAUCAAAGUGGAUGACCUUCAACCCAAAUCUUCCAGCCCUACUGAUCCCUUCCAAGAUCUGUUGGAAAAGAAGCAUGACGAACACGAUCUGAGCGUUCUCGAGAAAAAAUCUCCAUCACCAUCGCCUUCUCAAGAAAACUUGACUAUGGCUGAUGCACGGAGAAGCCCUUUGGAACCAGAACUGUCCACCUCGGCCCAAAAUCAAGCCCAAGUCAUGGACCUUCUCGAUGAUGCUCAAAAGGAAUCCAUGUCUCCCAAAUCCGUAUCUCCGAUUGGAAACGAAAUGGCACAGCCCGAUCAUUCCAAAGAAGGUCUGUCAGUGGAAGACGAAGACGAGAUUUCUGACCCACUGGAAGCCCAAAGGAAAGCCUAUGAGCAAGUUGCUCGGGACCAAGGAGGGUCCGAUGCUUUGGUUCGACCCUUGGAUGUCUUGUCCGUGUCUACCACCGACACAAAUGCGGAUGAUAUCAGUCAUCGUGCCGUUUUUGGUGACGACCAAGAGCAUGAUGCUGAUCAACUAGAUGAGGUUCUCGACCGUCAGGAAGAUAAUGAUCAGAGUUCCAAGGAUAGUGGUAGUGAGACUAGCGAUAACUUAAAGAUGAGCCCAGACGAAUCGCCCAAAGGAAUCAUGGGCUUGGGCUCGCAAUUGGCCAAUUUUGCCAACGAGAAUAUCAUCGAACCCGUGAAAGAUAGCAUUCAUCCAGCACCUGCGAAGGCAGAUACCCCUCCUGCCAUUGACAUUGACUUGAAUGACCCUUUGGUGGAAGUGGCCGCAACGAAGAUCCAAGCGGCGUUCAAGGGAUAUCGAACACGCUCCCAAAUGAAGAUGACCACCUAAUGGACUGGGUCUAUCGAAUCCUGUGUAUAAAACCACGUUUUCAACUCCUUUAAGCGUCUUUACUGAACUUUUUUACUUCGACUACUCUUGGUCUUCAUUCGGUGGAAAUACGAGUUCUCUCCUUGAUUCUUAACUGAUCUUCUUAUACUUACGUUGCUGUAGAAGUAACCAUGAUAAUUAUUAAGAGUACGUAUUUCAAUUAAUCAUCUAAUGUACAUCAUACAAAUAGAGAAAUUAAAUACCCAGGAAAGUGAUACCGA